AAAGAAAAAAAUGGGAGAAUGGGGGGGGGGGGGGAAGGGGGCAAAUCAGAAUGAGAAAAUUUAAAAAAUGUAGAAAUCGAAAUAACCGGGUACACAAGCAUGCAAAAGACGUCACUCUCUCUCCCAAAUAUCAAUUUCCAAACAAAGCAAAAGCGUAGGUUGACGAAGAGUAACCCUGGCCCCUCGAUUUUUUCUGGUAACCAAAGGCCAGAAUUUUUAACCCUUUGAAUACCAUUACCACCCAUAUACCUUCAAUUACACACCCCAAAAUCCCUCUCCCAAUUUUAGCCAUGCUGGACGCUUCUCCUCGAAUCCCCAAUUACCUUGUCCCGCCCCUGUUACCGCCACCGCCACCGUCCCCUUUGGAGCCGGAGCCUGAGCCACCGCCACCUUCUCCACCACCCACGAAGCCCUACCAGUUUCUCUCUUCGGUAUCCUCCCUCAGAGUGACUUCAGAGUUCGAUACUGAUAGCCGCGUGUUCUUCCACAAGCUGUCUUGUAAGCUCUUCGACAACCUUGCGAAGCUCAAACUCUCCUUCAUCAACAACGCCAAACGCGAGAUCACGGAGCCCCAGUUGGCGCUAUUUUCUAAGUACUUGUCCAUAUACUACGAUCCUGAAGAACAAAAUGCCAUAUUCCGGGGUUACUACAAUGUCGGUCCUACGUGGCAUUUCAAAGCUGCCAUUGAUGUUAAGGCACAACAAGCUGAACUGGCAGUUAUUGCAAAACUUGCUGAUCCUAGUUAUGCUGUUGAAGUGUCAUCACCUGUUCCCGAUGUUUCAUCGCCCAGAGCGACAUUUAGAUUUCCCAUCGGUGAAUUUUCAUUAGAGGAGAGGGAAGAGGAUGACGUACCAAGGUUGUCGAUAAAUGGAAUUGUUAAAGGUCCAAUCUUGUAUGGGGUAGGUGCCGCACGUUACAUGGAUGAAGAACUGAAACUAAGAUACUCAUAUAAGGAUGGGACAAUGUCAUUUAUUCCUAGCAUUUCACUACCAACUAAUACGGCGUCAUUUGCAUUCAAGCGACGCUUCAGUCCAUCGGAUAAAUUGAGCUACUGGUACAAUCUUGAUUCAAACUAUUGGAGUGUGGUGUACAAGCACACGUAUGACAAAGACUUGAAAUUCAAAGCUGGCUACGAUUCUGAGGUUCGUCUUUGCUGGGCUUCUCUAUGGGUUGGAGAUGAAAAUGGCAAGGCAAAGACGACCCCCAUGAAGAUGAAAAUCCAGGUUAUGCUACAGGUACCACAGGAUGACAUUACGUCAACAGUGAUAUUGUUCCGUGUUAAAAAGAGGUGGGAUAUUUUAUUGUUGUCCCAUGCCACACUUCCUGUUUCUCUUUGGCAUGGUUAUUGGACAUCUUUUUAUGUGAUGAUAUAUAUAAUUGCUAAUUGCUUUAUAAUUUAUAACAUAAUGGCAUCAGUUGGUUGUUGAAGUAGUGAAUUAAAUUAUGAUAUGAAUUGGAAGGCUAUGUAUAAGACUAAACGAACAAAGCAUUCAAGUGGAACGAAUAAAUUGAUGGCCAAGAAAACAGAAGUAACCUAAACCUCUUUCUUUCAACUUUCAGAUUUCAGUUUCCAUCUCUGAUAAAUAGCUCCAGUGGUGCCUCAACUCAGGACUGUAUCUCUCCCUCUCUACUCUGAGUCAAGAGUCCGAUUCUGGUUCUCUUAACCAAAAUCAUUUUGGCAGGUCAUGCAUAAAAUUAAGAACGCAAAUGACCCCAUCAAGCUAUCAUUGGUUGCAUCAUCUUGUACUCUACACUACCUAAAUAACCCCAAGUGGACGAUGAUAUUGAUGUUCCUCUUAAUCAAAGGUUGUUUGGCUCCUGUUAAAAUCUCAGAGAGAAGGUGAUGUAGACUGCAUUUUUUGCCUUCGGUAAUAUGAAACAAUCAGAGGUGAGGCCGGUUUUACCUGGGAUGGAGUGGAUGGAACAAGUGAUGUCGUCCAGUGCCAUUAACACUCGUAUCCACAAUUUUCUCCAGGGAUCAUACACAUUUUUUUACUCACAAAAUAGUGUAAUGAUGCUAUUCAUGUAGGAUUGUUUUUUUAGAUUAUUUAGUUGUCUUAUACAUUAUCAUGUAACUAAUUUUUAAUUGUCAACUUAAAUUGUUAAAAUGA